AUGUUUUCUAAGUAUGUUUGGUUAUUCGCAUUAUUCGUAUGUAUGAAUUUAUUGUACACAAACUAUGAAAUAAAUGAUAUCAAAUUUAAUUUUGUGGACAAAUGGUUAAACAUUAUUAAAAAUAUUUACUCUAAUCUGAAUAGAAACUCAAAUUUAGAAUCAAACGUAUGCACAAAUCAAAAAGUGUUUACAUCAAAUGAGCUUAAGAAAUACACAAACUUGAAAGAUGGUUUAUACAUUUCAAUAUUAGGUCAAGUUUUUGAUGUUACAAAGGGUGCAAAACAUUAUGGUCCUGGUGCAAAUUAUCAUGUAUUUACUGGUCGUGAUGCAUCUUUAGCUUUUAUUACGGGAGAAUUUGAUGAUAAAGGCUUAACAGAUGACAUCUCUUCAUUAUCUAUAGAGGAAGUUAAAGCAUUGAAUCAAUGGGUCCAAUUUUAUAAUGAAAAUUAUAUUUGUAAAGGAAAAUUAAAUGGUAGAUAUUACAAUGAAGAUGGUGCUCCAACAAAAGAAUCUCAUGAUGUACAAAAAAUGUUAAUACAUGCAAAAGAGAAACAAUUUCAAGAUGAACAUACAAAAAAAAUGUUUCCACCAUGUAAUGUAGAAUGGAAGCCAGACUCUGGAACUGUAGUAUGGUGCUCUAAAAGAAGUGGAGGAAUAGAAAGAGAUUGGAUUGGAGUGCCUAGAAUGUUAUUUGAAUCUCCAAAUUCUAAACAAUACAGAUGUGCAUGUGUCAAACUUGAUAGCAAAGAAUAUAAAGAAACAAAGGGCAUGCUCAAAGAGUAUUCUCAAUGUCCAAAGACCGCAAUAAAAUGUGCUGUGAAAAUAGAAAAUUUAUCAUCUUAA